GUUCAUUUUACAUAACGGAUUCACAUUCCUAUUGAUCUGUUUGUCCUCCAUAAAUCUCCUGUUGUUACCAAAAUCACCUUACUAGUUAACCAUUUGCAAACAUGGAAAUUUGGCUUGCCAUACUCUUCUCCCUUUGCUUGGCUGCAGUCAUUAAAGCCUUAUUGCACUUUUAUUUCCUCUUCAGGGGUCCACACCGGAAUCUUCCUCCGGGCCCUGCCACCUUUCCCAGCGUUGGCAACUUCCUAUGGGUCGGCAAAUCCUUCCUUAAAAUUGAAUUGGCCCUCCGAAACCUCCACCAAAAGUUUGGUCCCAUGGUAACUCUUCAUAUUGGUCCUCACCCUGUAAUCUUUGUUACUGGUCAUUCCCUUAUCCACCAGGCUUUAGUACAAAUGGAGCUGUUUUUGCUGAUCGGCCGGCAGCCUUUGCCACAGACAAGCUUCUCAGCAGCAAUCAACAGACCAUCAACACUGCUGCUCCUUUUGGACCAACCUGGAGUAGUCUUCGCAGAAAUCCUACAGCUGAAAUGCUUAGCCCUUCUCGCAUCAAGUCUUAUUCUCAUGGCCGUAACUGGGUUUUGGAAAUCUUAAGAGCACAUUUGGUACACAAGAUUGGAUUGAAUUAAAUAAAAUUUAUAGGAUGUG